UCAAAACAUUUUAUUAAUCAAAAGCUCAAGGGCUUGAAAAUACAAAUGGUAGACACCGAAGAAAUUUUACAAGAGCUUCUGACCGUUGAGGCCGAGCUUCAAGACGUUCAAGACCAGAUAAAGGUCUUUUUGGAUCGGCAAGAGAAGUUGUAUGAUAGAAAGUCUGAACUGAAAGCGUUGCUUGAAAGCUGUGAAGUAUCGGCAUGCGAAAUUAAGGAUGCCGCAACUGGGACUUCAGAGAACUGGUCUGGGGAAUUUGAAUGGGAUUCUCGAGCAAAUGAUGUUCGGUUGAAUGUAUUUGGGAUAACUUCUUACCGUGCAAAUCAGCGAGAGAUAAUAAAUGCAAUCAUGAGUGGAAGGGACGUUUUGGUAAUCAUGGCUGCUGGUGGCGGUAAGAGCCUUUGUUACCAACUUCCUGCUAUCAUGCGUGAUGGAGUUGCUCUUAUUGUCAGUCCUUUGCUUUCUCUUAUUCAAGACCAGGUAAUGGGUUUGGCUGCUUUAGGCAUCCCAGCAUACAUGUUAACCUCAACAACCAGUAAAGACAAUGAAAAAUUUAUAUACAAGGCUCUUGAGAAGGGUGAAGGAGAGCUUAAAAUACUGUAUGUCACGCCAGAAAAGAUUUCAAAGAGCAAGAGAUUUAUGUCAAAACUCGAAAAGUGUUACAAUGCUGGCCGUCUCUCUCUGAUUUCUAUCGACGAGGCACACUGUUGUAGUCAGUGGGGACAUGAUUUUCGUCCAGAUUACAAGAAUCUUGGUAUUUUGAAGACACAAUUUCCUAGCAUUCCUUUGAUUGCUUUGACAGCUACGGCAACGAAGAAAGUCCAACUAGAUCUGAUGGAGAUGCUUCGCAUACCAAAAUGUGUGAAAUUUGUUAGCACUGUGAAUAGGCCAAAUCUUUUCUAUAUGGUACGAGAAAAGCCAUCUGUUGGAAAAAUGGUUAUUGAUGAAAUUGCCGAGUUCAUACAACAUUCGUAUUCAGACAAUGAAUCGGGGAUAGUUUAUUGCUUCUCUCGAAAAGAGUGUGAACAGGUUGCAAUGGAGCUACGUGGGAAAGGAAUAUCUGCUGAUUAUUAUCAUGCAGAUAUGGAAGCAAACUCUCGUGAGAAGGUUCAUAUGAGGUGGAGCAGUGGCAAGUUGCAGGUGAUUGUUGGUACGGUAGCCUUUGGAAUGGGAAUUAACAAACCAGAUGUCAGGUUUGUCAUCCAUCACACGCUCAGCAAAUCAAUGGAGACAUACUACCAGGAAAGUGGCCGAGCCGGACGAGAUGGGCUUCCUUCAGAAUGUCUACUGUACUUUAGGCCAGCCGAUGCUCAGAGGCAGAGCUCGAUGGUCUUCUAUGAGAAUUGUGGUUUGGAGAAUCUUUAUGGCAUAGUUCGUUAUUGUCAGAGUAAAACAGAAUGCCGCCGAAGUGCUUUUUUCGGGCAUUUUGCGGAGCCCUUGCAAGAUUGUAAUGAAAUGUGCGACAACUGUUCCUUUUCAAACGAAGUCAAGGAAACAGAUGUAUCUGGCCAUGCAAAAGUUAUGGUAUCCUUGCUACAAGAUAUUCAAGAAAAUGACCAGAGAGUGACAAUGUUACAACUAGUGGAUAAGAUGAAAGUUAAGAACAAGGGAGCAGAUCCCGAGCUAAAGAAGGAUGAAUUAGAGCAACUCGUGGUUCAGCUUAUACUAGAUUGUGUAUUGAAAGAGGAAUUUCAGCAUACAGCUUAUACUACAAAUGCAUAUGUGACAGUAGGGCCACUUGCAAAACAAGUACUACAAGGGAAGAAGAUUGUUAAGAUUGUAAGUAGGUUACAAAAGAAUAGCAAGGAGCUGGUGAAAGCAUCCAAGCGUAACAGGUCUUCAGAAUUAGAACUUAAGCUUGACGAAUUGCGGAAAGAACUAUCUGCUGUUCAAGGAGGAAUAUUUCCUCAUUCUGUAUUAUCUACUCCGCAGAUCAGCAGACUGAGCUCUCAAAGACCUAUAACUAUGAAAGAGUUGGAAAACAUUAUUGGAAAGCUAAAGACUGAAAAAUACGGGAGUAAGAUAUUAGAAGAAAUCAAGAGAUACGAGUCUGAGAACCAGAAGCUGGAUCAGUUUGCAGAUUGUUCAUUGAGCAAGGAGCAUAGAAGGAACCAUGCUAAGAAGCUAAAAUCUGCCAAGAAUCUCGUCGUCGUCAAAAGUAGUGAAGAUGAGGGAUGAUAGGAAUACCGGUUUCUGUGUAUGGCACCUUUCUGUACCCUACCAAUUAGUUGAAAUGAAGUUUUAUUUUCUCUGUUUCCACCUUAUAUGGCCCAGUACUAUAUAUAUAUAUAUAUUUUUGAUCUCAUUGAUAUAACUGGAGCCUGAAAUCAGACUAUAAAAGUCUGUUUGUAUUUCAUCUAAUGAUAGUUUGCUUUAGAGAAUUACAAGCUGAAGAAGUAGUUCACAAAAUCCAUGUAGGCAACAUCUCAUCCUUAUUAAUUUAGAUAUCGAACAUGAGGAUUCCUCAUGAA